AUGUCUACUGAGAUCGCUACAACUGCAAACAAAAUCUUCGAACGGAACGGGGAAUCUGUCAAGUUUUUCAUUCAACAAGAUACAGGAAAGGACUUUAUUGGAUGGCUGUCUGCGAGAAUCGCCGAACACGGUGGAAAGGUGGUUGAAACCGUUCCUCGUGAGGGCUACAUCCUCGUGGAUCCUGAUAGCAAGAAAGGAGAGAAGUUAACGGAGAAAUGGUCAAGUCCCGAUAAGCCAAACCGACACAUUGUUUGCUUUACGUUUGUUCGUGCAUCCAUAAUGGCAGGGCGAAUGCUCGAUCCGGAGGAGAUGCAAGGAUCCAGAGUGAUCUUCAAGCAUGAAGGGGCACCUGUACACAUAUUUCUUCAUCCUGCUCUUGGCGGGUUGGUGUCCGCUCGCCUGGCGAUUCAGAUAGAGAAAGCAGGCGGGUCACCGAAACAACGCAGAUUCCUCAGGAGAAAGUACCUAUUUCGCACAGACAAGUACGUCGAAGGAAUCGAAUGGGUGCAGGAUUGUUUGGACGCUCAAACCUACCGUCAUAUCGAUGCUCUGCCAAUCAAUAUGAGGGGUAUGAAGCCUGGGACCGUAUGUGUCGAUUUUACCGAGACAGAUGACCAAAACUUGAUUCAGUAUAUCGGCACACGAGUGCCAGAACCUGUCGAUGAACUUCGAGGCUGCCUCAGUCUCUACACGCAGUUAUGCCGUUCCGAUGAAUUCCCCUGGGCUGCUCAACACGUAGCGAAGGUGUGGCAGAGGUACUACCUAAGACGGAAGCACGACUUUGAUAAAGAUAUUAGUAAAUGGGUUGAACGAAACCCUCAACCGCUAGAUUCGAAGGAACGGUUCAGACUCAAGAAGCGCAGGCGCCAACCGCGUCCCGUGGUUGUGGAUGCGGAUAUGGAUGAUGUGGUCAUCGACGAUGACGACCACGACAGUGACGAUGAAGAUCCUCCUGCAAUACGUCAUUGUCGCUAG